UUUUAGAUGUGGUCUUUUAACUGCAACUGCUAAUUCAAUGUUUAAAUUCUUCUUUCAGCGCUUCAAAGCUGGUGGCGUGUUUUAGCUGAAAUCUUUGAAAAUCAAAGUAUUUGAUAAGGGCACGACGCUUACCUAGCAUUUAAUUAUCCAUUGUUUAUUCUAAUUUUCUUUACAUUAAAAAAAAUACUUAAGUGAACAUGUUUUACCAGUAUUUGUCCCCCGAAAGAAUUAAAGGAUUUGAAAAUUAUAAGUAUAGUGCAAUCGACACAAGCCCGUUAAGCAAUUAUGUUAUGCAUCCAUUUUGGAAUCAAGUAGUGAAGCUAGUACCGACAUGGCUUGCACCUAAUUUACUGACAUUCACAGGAUUUUUUUUGACGCUUUUGAAUGCUGUUUUACUUUCAAUAUAUGACUAUCGCUUCUGUGCUUCCAGUGAUUCAUUUCCUUCGUAUCCACCAAUUCCACAGUGGGUUUGGAUAAUAUGUGCCAUAAAUCAUUUCCUUGCACAUACAUUAGAUGGUAUAGAUGGAAAGCAUGCACGUCGUACAAAGUCAUCUGGUCCAUUAGGAGAGUUAAUGGAUCAUGGGCUUGACAGCUGGGCAGCCUUGUUUAUGCCAACAUGCAUGUAUUCUGUAUUUGGCUGUGGAGAGUACAGCUGUAGUCCUCUUAGGGUUUUCUUUAUUUUGUGGAGCGUUCAUCUAUGUUUCAUAUUUUCACAUUGGGAGAAAUACAACACUGGAGUGCUUUAUCUUCCAUGGGGCUAUGAUAUAUCUCAGAUGGUCUUAUUAGGAGCUUUUUUAAUUACUUAUUUUAAAUCGUACCAAUAUUGGAAAUUUACUGUUCCUUUGCUGAAUAUGGGUUGUGGACAGAUUAUCGAACUUCUCAUAUAUGGAGGAACUUUUGCCAUGUCAUUACCAGUUAGUCUGUACAAUAUAUAUUGUGCCCAUAAAAAAGGAGAGCUGAAACAGAAUUCUCUGUGGGAAGCUAUGCGUCCAUUGGUGCCUAUAAUUCUAUUGUUUUUAAGUACAACUGUGUGGGCAAUUAUGUCUCCUACAAAUAUCUUAAGUAAUGAUCCCAGGGUAUUCUAUUGGCUAGUUGGAACCGUUUUUUCUAAUAUUGCUUGUCGAUUAAUUGUCAGCCAGAUGAGUUCAACUCGUUGUGAAACUUUUAACUGGUUGUUUUAUCCUAUUGGCUUUGCUAUAACCUUCAUUUUUUAUUCUCCAAAUAAGAGUAGUAAAACUGAGAUUCAAGUAGCUUGGGCUUUAUUUAUAUUAUCUGUUGUUGCUCACAUUCAUUAUGGAGUUUGCGUUGUGCAGCAGAUGUGCCGCCAUUUCCAGAUACAUUGUUUUUCAUUGAAGAAGGAAGGAAAAGAGUGAUUUUAUUUCUCAUCUCAAUUUGUUAUGUGUGAAUGUUAGUUAAGUGAAUGUUUUUGAAACUUGAAUUCCUUUAUGAUCUAAUAGAAACAGAACUAUUUUCAGGUAUCAACAACUUCAGGUCUAAAAUUUUGAGUAAAAUGUUUUCCUGUCAAGAAAUGGCUGAGAGUUUUUUGUUCUAAUUUUGCCUUGUUUUCCUUUAACUUUGCUUAAUAUUGUGAUACAUAACACUGAAUACAAUUUUACCACUAGAAUAAUUGAGUAUUAUACUCAUGUGGCCUUUUUAAUGACAGGUGAUGUCUGUUUUUGAACAUUCCACACAAACACUGUUAUUGUUCUUUAAAUUUUUGAAUGUGAUUUUGUCCUUCUAUUCCAAUUAUGAAAAAUAAUGGAAAUUGCUUUUAUUGUAAUUAAGAAACUCGUAUAGUAAAUAUUUGACUUUUUGAAGGGUUGUAUGUAAUAUAAGUAAGUGCAUUGCUGUAACAAAAAUGUGUUGAUAUUUAUUAUAUUAACAAGAUAUUGAAUGAAAAGUUAAAUGUAGAUCUAGUCCAUGUAAUGAUGUGUACUUGACUGUUAUGUCGUGAGUAAAUCCUCUUGUGAUAAAUACCGAUUUGGUGUAACUAUUUUGAAUUUGAAAACUUUUCGUAGAUAUUGAAAAUGACUUAAUUUUGUUGUAUGUCUUUAUUAUAGCAUGAAAGUCAGAUUUGCAUCUGGAUAAUGCUUCAAUACUUAUGAAAAGCUUUUAUUGAAUUUUGGAUUUAAUUUGUUUUGAUGCAUUGCAUCUGACCAUUUUUACAAGUAUAAGAAAUAUUUGAUCCUUUUGAGGUAUAUUUAUGCUGUAAAAUUUUAUGAUUUGAAAACAUGCAUAAUAUUUGGACUAUUCAACUCCUUCAUUAAUCUUGAGCUUUAUUCAGCUUUUACAAGAUAUAGUUUUUAGUUUAUGGGUGAUUCUUCAAAAACCUAACAUUUUCAAACAGCAUAUUCUUAAAUUCUUUAAAGAAAUCUAAAAAAGAAAAAAAAAAAAACUUUAUAAAUCCAACAAAAUAGUGGAAUUAAACAAACAGUGUUGCCAUACUCCAAACAACAUUUUUUUCCCCUCACUUUAUUGAAAACUUCUGUAGAUCAGGAUACUGACAUUAAAACCUUAUGACCUUGAUAAGUUGCAUGUUUAAAUAAAUUUAAAAAAAUAAUAAUAAAUACUCUUUUUAAGCAUAUUUAAUUCAUUACUAAAAAUAAAUUUGUGAAAUUUUAAACAAAGUUUGUAGUUAGUCAUUUCAAAGUUUGUUUUUUUUUAUAGAAAGAGUAAAUGAAUAACCUUUGUAUGGAUUGGCUUAGAUAGGAAAAAUUAGGUCUUCAAGUUUUUUUUUUGUAUUGUGUCUUUUUUUUUUUUNUUUGUUUUUUUUUUUUUUACCAUUCUUAGGUUUCUGGAGAAUUACCCAUAUAAUUACAAUUUAUAGUUAUUUGAGAUUUCAUAGUAAGUUAGCAAGUUUAAUGAUAAGAGGAUAAAUAAGAGAUUUAAUUAUAAGAGGGUAAACAUGAGAUUUAAUGUCAAGAGUGUAAAGUUUAAUCCUCUUUAUUUAAUAAUAUAAUAAUAGCUAAAUUUUUAAAGCUACUGAUUUAAGAAAUGAGUUGUACUCAAUGUAACGCACAUCUAAAAGAUUUCGAUCUACUGAUUUUCCAUCAACCUUUCCGAUUGUAGAACAUUUUCAAGUUAAAAUAAUGCUUUAGUUAAAAUGCAUAUUCCUUAUGUUUUUAAAGAACAUUAAAUUUUUGUAUGUUGUAGGUGUCAA